AUGGGCAUGGAAAUUCCAAUCGACAAGUCGCACGUCGUUUUCCCGUCAAAUGGACAGACAUUAAGUAUGUCAUCGAUGAAGAUUGCCAGCGUCCCCAGCAUCCCCAGUGCCCCUUAUCCAGCUCCGCAGUCCCCAAAAGGGCCUACCAGUCCCCAUCAAGCUUUUGCGCUACCGAAGCGUCCGCCGCCAAAACGGACCAUCGCCUCCUCCUCCUCCUCCUCCUCCUCCUCCUCCUCUCAGUCCCCUCAAACACCAAAGAAGAGCGAUGCUCCCUCCAUACAAAUGGAGGAGGAUGCUAACCCCGCUCAGAUGGAGAAGGUGUACGCGCAGAGGAAUGCUGAUUUGUAUAAGGGCGCGGAAAUUUUACGGAAGAGGCGCUUUGGAAGAUCACCGAUGGAGGAUAUAGAGCUCAAGACGGUCAUGAAUGAUCAACAGUUGGUGGAAGCUCGGGGCUCUAAAAAACCGACCUAG